CAUUUGGUUCUCCCGUUGCCCCCCUCCCUCGUCUCUGCUCUCGCUGCGACGACUGGGCGAUCGCCGCCGCUCUCCGCCCCCGCCCCCGCUCCCCGUCCCCGUACGCCAGGUGCCCAGGUCGUCGUCGGGCCCUUCGCCGGCGAUGAGCACCCAACAGGAGGUUACUGAGAACUAUGCAAAUCCUAAGACAUGCUUCUUCCACGUGCUCUUCAAGGCAUCGGCAUUGGCGUUCUACAUACUGUCCACACUGUUCGUGAACAACUUCGUCAUCAUCUUUGUCAUCACUGUGCUCCUCGCAGCACUUGACUUCUGGGUCGUCAAGAAUGUCAGCGGAAGGAUACUGGUUGGGUUACGGUGGUGGAAUGAGAUUAAUGACGAGGGAGAGAGUGUUUGGAAGUUUGAGUGCCUUGAUGGAGAGUCACUGGCUAGGAUGAACAAGAAGGACUCAUGGCUGUUCUGGUGGACUCUAUAUUUGACUGCUGCUGCAUGGAUUAUACUUGGGAUAUUCUCGCUCAUCAGACUUCAAGCUGAUUACCUUCUUGUUGUUGGAGUUUGCUUGAGCCUCAGCAUCGCAAAUAUUAUUGGGUUCACCAAAUGCAACAAAGAUGCCAAGAAGAACAUCCAGGAUUGGACAAGGAAUGCCCUUCUAUCAGGGAGCGUCAGGUCGCAUCUGCAGUCAGCAUUCGGUGUCUGAACAACCUACUCCUACGACCUAGUUAUACGUAUAGUGCUGUACAAUUUACAGAUAACAUGAUCGUUCACUAGAAUGCAUUUGUUUUGGUGUUUUUUGUUGGCUAUGUGCAUCUUGCUAGGCAGAGAACUGAAGAACUUUUUCAAAGCUGUGUAUCAACUCAAUGUAUACUGCUAUUAAAAUUUUAAUAAAAUCUAACUUUAUCCAAAAAAAA